AUGGGCUUAUGGGAAGUGUCCCAGUACUCGCUUCCCUGGUCAGAGGCACCGGAAGAGUAUAAAGAGCAAUGGCACGGGACUCGGAUUGUGCUCCGCAUCCUGGCACAACACAAGCACCAUGUCUCUGAGCGUAGCUUUGAUACUGUGUCCCUCACAACUGGCAUCAAUUUCAUGAUACUAGAACAGCCAUGCGAGGAGUAUGAUGAUUUGUGA